UCGCCUGUCAAGGUUUGACAGGUUGGGCUUUAUUGGUCUAUUGGAUCCAUUCCUUCUCCAAAGUAUGACCAAUGGCCUCUUCAACUAUGAUGAUGAAACCUGCCAGUCCUGGGUGAUCGACCCACGGGACGAAGACUCGCAGUAUCCUCCACCAACUCCGGGAAACUUCGGUCGAACCCCUUGUACAGUGUCUUCGCUAAGCCCUACUCCGGACCCUACUUACCGCCAAACGCAAUCCAAUGAUCUCGGGUUUCUUCCGUAUGAUGAGUGGAAGAGAAGGAAGGAUAAUAACUGCGAGGACCUAGGAGAGCAAGACCUCAUUUACCACACGAUCGCCUGGAAACUUAAGAUCAAUCGGACAACCGAAGCCAAGGAGACCGAACAGGACUUGGUCGUAGCUCCGAGUGAAUAUUGGGCGAAGUGCCUGAAACAAAAGAUUGACGCGUUGAUGCACGCUAAGAAACGGAACCGGCGGGUCCGGUUCGAAGACGUGGAGAUCGUGGUAUCAAUCAACCACCGUAAUGAGGGCCCUCUUGAGAAGCGCUCUGAUGACACUAACAUUGAUUGGAGACCAGUGGAGACAAAGCUUCGUAAGUGGAGCAAUCUGGUCCGCAUGGGCAGGACACCUCAGAUCGCCAUCACCGUCAAAUAUAUGAGAGAUGAUGACGCGGCUAAAGCGUACGAGAAACGAGGCUCUUCAGCCACCAAAAGGAUGCUUGCUGAACGAGACGCAGCCAUCACUGCUGAAGAAGAGUCAAGUCAGCCUUCAUCCUGGAGAUACGUGUACAAGCUGAUGCGAUGUUCUGUGACUUCAUGCAGUAACUUCGAUAAGUGGUGCUGGCAGGAUCUGACGGGUAGGAAGCAUUACGGACUACGAAAAGCCCACCUUAUGAAGUUAAUUGCCUAUGUGGAUGCCGGGGGAAAGCUCGACAGUCACGAUGAUGUCCCGGAAGGUAUUCGACAAGCUCUCUACGUGGAGGCGCAGCAGAAGCUUGAAAGAGGCUUAAACAAAACAAAUCACCAGGUUGCUUUUGGAGCCCCAUGUCCAAUCAAUAUCAAUCUCUUGGCCCCCCAGGGUACGCAUGAGUCUGCUAUACCUCUAUCACCUCCCAGACCUGCGAUCUCGAAAAAGAAAAUCAAGAUUUCUGGGCCUCGAGAUGAUGCUGUCAGGGCAUACUGUGAAUGGCAUGAACUCCAAGUGACCGACGAGAAGCGCAAGGCCGAUUGGCGUAAGGCAUGUGAGAUAACCCUGUCUAAUGGCCUUGACCUCGAGUUGGUGGAAGAAGAUCAAGAGCAUGUGCAGUUCCUGAUUGAACAAGGCGUGACAAAAGGGACUGCCCGGCGAUUUGUCCGCGACAUCCCUGAGUGGGUUGAACAUGUGAGAGAGCUAUCAUCGGAGGGAUGCAGUCAAGGUGCCCCCGAUUGCACAGACGACUGAACACUUCUUGGCUGCUAAGCGUGAUGGUUUGCGUCUUAUUUGAUGAGCAGUGAGCAUUUAGAUUUGCUUUGCAUUGUCGCUGCGCUGGCCGUACGAUGGUCUAGUUAUUAUUUGGCUUGUUAGCUAGUUUAUGCCUUAAUACUCACAUUUCGCAAGGUUGUUUCACAGCAUGCCUG